AUGACCUCCCUUCUCUUCACGACGCUCUGGGACCAACCUACCUCUGAAGCUCCCUCAGCUUCCCCCGGAUCGGCCUUCGUGCUCGCCCAGCAGCGUGUUCCCACCGCUGUCAGAAAGCUGGGGCGGGACUCGGGGGAUGAAAGCAUGUCUGAGGCGGUGGAGCCCCGGCCGGUGAACUCGGAAUACGCCGUGACGCUUCUGGAGCAGCUCAAGUUCUUCUAUGAGCAAAAGUUACUCACGGACGUGGUGCUGCUGGUGGAGGACACGGAGUUUCCAUGUCACAAGAUGGUCCUGGCCACGUGCAGCGCCUACUUCAGGGCGAUGUUCAUGAGCGGCCUCAGUGAAAGUAAACAGACUCAUGUCCAUCUGAGGAACGUGGACCCAGUGACUCUGCAGAUCAUCAUCACCUACGCCUACACCGGCAACCUGGCCAUCUCCGACUGCACCGUGGAGCCGCUGUACGAGACCGCCUGCUUCCUACAGGUGGAGGACGUACUGCUCCAGUGCCGGGAUUAUUUGGUGAAGAAGAUAAACGCAGAGAACUGCGUCCGGAUGCUGAGUUUCGGGGACCUGUUCAGCUGCUGCGAGCUAAAGCAAUGCGCCAAACGCAUGGUGGAGCACAAGUUCCCGCUGGUGUACCAUCAGGACGCCUUCCUGCAGCUGUCCCACGAGCUGCUCAUCGACAUCCUCAGCAGCGACAACCUGAACGUGGAGAAGGAGGAGACGGUGCGGGAGGCGGCCAUGUUGUGGCUGGAGUACAACAUGGAGGCGCGGUCGCAGCAUCUGUCCUCCGUCCUCAGCCAGAUCCGCAUCGACGCCUUGUCAGAGGUCACGCAGCGCGCCUGGUUCCAAGGUUUAUUGCCCAACGACAAGUCCGUGGUGGUGCAGGGUCUCUACAAGUCUAUGCCCAAGUUCUUCAAGCCGCGCCUCGGGAUGACCAAAGAAGAAAUGCUGAUCUUCAUGGAAGCGCUGUCCGAGACUCAAGGGGAAGCCAUCGUGAUGUCCAACCUCAUCCCUCCCACGGUGGUCUGCUACAGCCCGCAGGCCGAGAAGGUCUACAAGCUGUGCCACCCGCCGGGCAACCUGCAGAAGGUGGGCACUGUGGUCACGCCGGAUAAUGACAUUUUCAUCGCCGGGGGCCAGAUCCCGCUCAAUAACGCCAUCACGAACUACGGGAAAAGCGGGAAGCUCCAGGCCGUGUUCCACUCGGUCAACAGCUUCUUCUGGUUCGACGCGCAGCAGAACCAGUGGGCGCCGAAGACCCCCAUGCUGUGCGCACGCAUUAAGCCGUCUCUGGUUUACUGCGACGGCUGCAUCUACGCCAUCGCCGGGGACAACGUGGGCGGGGACCUGAACAAGCGCACGGUGGAGCGCUACGACUGCGAGAAGGACGAGUGGAGCAUGGCGUGCCCGCUGCCCUGCGCCUGGAACUGGAGCACGUCUGUGGUCGCCCACGAGCGCAUCUACGUCAUGACCCACGACCUCAUGUACUGCUACCUGCCGCGCGCCGACACCUGGGUGGAGAUGCCCAUGCGCAAGACCAGCCGCUGCUUCGCCUCCGCCGCCGCCUUCGGGGAUUUGAUCUUCUACAUCGGAGGUUUGCACGUCGUGAGCAACUCUGGGAUCCGCUUACCCACGAGCACGAUCGACGGCUCUUCGGUUACCGUGGAAAUAUACGACAUCAACAAGAACGAGUGGAGGCUAGCGGCUAACAUUCCCGCCAAGCGCUACUCCGACCCGUGCGUGCGGGCCGUGGUACUGCUCAACGCGCUUUGCAUUUUCAUGAGGGAGACGCACAUGAACGAACGGGCGAAGUACGCCAUCUACCAGUACGACGUGGAGCUGGACCGCUGGUUUCUGCGGCAGCCGGUGUCCGAGCGCGUGCUCUGGGACCUGGGCAAAGACUUCCGCUGCGCCGUGGGAAAGCUGUACCCGUCCUGUCUGUCCGAGUCCACCUGGAAGCCGCCCACGUACCUGUUCUCGCCGGACGGAGCCGAGGAGUUUGAGGUGGACGGAGAGUUGGUGUCUCUGCCUUAG